CGUAUGUAUCGCGUCUUUGAGCUGUUCGCGAACCUCGACUAUCGAAUGGUGCUCAGCCAGGGUACUCUGCUGCUGACGCGCAAUUACACCUACGUCUUCUUCAUCACGCACUGGGCUGCAUGCAUCCUGUACCACAUCGCCUCGCACCAGAACUUCUCGCACGACUCCUGGGUGGGCCGCAAUGCGGAACGCUUCAUGGGACGGCCCGUGUACGAAAAGUACCUGCUGUCGUUGUACUUCAGUACGAGCGCAUUCACCGGCCUAGGAGACGCGGCACUGUUCGCAUCUACCGUGCCGGAAGCGGCAUUCAUGGUGAUUUACCUCUUGUUCAAUCUGUUCCUUGGCGCCUACAUUCUGGGAACGGUGACUAUGCUGGUGGUCAAAGGUGACGAGCGCAGUAAGGCCUUUCGAGAACGCAUGAGCAACCUCAAUGAGUUCGGUAGAAACAACGACCUGCCCGAGCGGCUGCAAUCAGCCAUGCAGGAGCACCUGGAGGUGACCUUCAACACCGAGCAGAUCGACGACGAGCACGUGCUGGGCAUCUACCCAACCACCAUCCGUCGCAAGGUGCUACGUCACCUCUACCUGCACCCCGUACGCAGCUGCUACCUGUUCAAGGGCUGUAAGCAGCGCUUCCUGGACGCCCUGCUCACCGUCGCGCGUGUGGAGCUCUUCAUGCCGGGCGUGCAGCUACUUACCGAGGGCGACAACGUCACCGAACUAAACAUCAUUGUCUCUGGGGAUGUGCUGGUG